GGCAGCAGCCACCCGAUGUCUUCGGCGCCCGAGAAACAGCAGCCACCGCACGGCGGCGGCGGGGGAGGCGGCGCGGCCAUGGACCCCGCGUCGUCCGGCCCGUCCAAGGCCAAGAAGACCAACGCCGGCAUCCGGCGCCCCGAGAAGCCGCCCUACUCAUACAUCGCGCUCAUCGUCAUGGCCAUCCAGAGCUCGCCCACCAAGCGCCUGACACUCAGCGAGAUCUACCAGUUCCUGCAGAGCCGCUUCCCGUUCUUCCGCGGCUCCUACCAGGGCUGGAAGAACUCCGUGCGCCACAAUCUCUCGCUCAAUGAGUGCUUCAUCAAGCUGCCCAAGGGCCUCGGGCGGCCGGGCAAGGGCCACUACUGGACCAUCGACCCGGCCAGUGAGUUCAUGUUCGAGGAGGGCUCCUUUCGGCGGCGGCCGCGCGGCUUCCGAAGGAAAUGCCAGGCGCUCAAGCCCAUGUACAGCAUGAUGAACGGGCUCGGCUUCAACCACCUCCCGGACACCUACAGCUUCCAGGGCUCCGCCGGCGGCCUCUCGUGCCCGCCCAACAGCCUGGCGCUGGAGGGAGGUCUGGGCAUGAUGAACGGCCACUUGCCGGGCAACGUGGACGGCAUGGCUUUGCCCAGCCACUCGGUGCCCCACCUGCCCGCCAACGGCGGCCACUCGUACAUGGGCAGCUGCGGCGCCGCGGCGGCCGGCGAGUACCCGCACCACGACAGCUCGGUGCCUGCUUCCCCACUGCUGCCCGCGGCCGCCGGUGGGGUCAUGGAGCCCCACGCCGUCUACUCAGGCUCCGCGGCCGCCUGGCCGCCCUCUGCCUCCGCGGCGCUCAACAGCAGCGCCUCCUACAUCAAGCAGCAGCCCCUGUCCCCCUGCAACCCCGCGGCCAACCCCCUGUCCGGCAGCCUCUCCACGCAUUCCCUGGACCAGCCGUAUCUGCACCAGAACAGUCACAACGCCCCAGCUGAGCUGCAAGGCAUCCCGCGGUAUCACUCGCAGUCGCCCAGCAUGUGUGACCGAAAGGAGUUCGUCUUCUCUUUCAACACAAUGGCAUCCUCGUCCAUGCACUCAGCCGGCGGUGGCUCUUACUACCACCAGCAGGUCACCUACCAAGACAUCAAGCCGUGCGUGAUGUGAGGCCACAGCCCCCGGGGCCCUCCGGGCAGGGGCUGGCCGGGCACUGGGACUUCGGAACCCAUCGCCAGAAACUGCUUUAUUUUC